GCCAGCGAUGCUGCAUUCAAAAGUGCUCUCGUUCGUUGUGAUCCUUCUCUCCGGGCAGGCGAGAUGUUACCAGUCGUGUGGUGAGAGACAAGUAAAAACACGUAAUCUGAUUACCAACUCGUUUGAAGUCCAACCGGGGGAUUACCCUUGGCAUGCGGCUGUUUACCAGCGUUUCCCAAUCAAACAGUACAUCUGUGGUGGUACACUGGUUGGUCAGAGUGUGAUCAUUACUUCGGCCCAUUGUGUUAGUGUUCCCGGCCAUCGACAGGCCAAGUCGAACGAAGAUCUUGUGGUGCAAGUUGGGAAACACCUGCUGAUCGGACUUGAAAACGGCUCAGAACGAGAGUACUCCCUAAGCUCCGUCAUAGUGCACGAAACUUCGGGUGCCGAACAAAAUGAUCACGACAUAGCCCUGCUGAUCACGGCGGAACCGGUGCGGUACGGGAAGUUUGUACAACCGGCUUGUCUUCCGACAUUUUCGUUGAUUCACGACAAAACUGCAGGAACGAUUGUCGGCUGGGGCUACACGGAACAAAAUACCGUGUCCAAUGUGCUGAAGGCAGCAAAUUUACCGAUCGUCACGAAGGAUGCCUGCAUCCGGAGUAAUCCGGGAGCGUUCGCCAACAGUGUGACGGAUAAUAUGUUUUGUGCCGGUCAUCGAAACGGUACCAAUGCUUGCAAUGGUGAUAGUGGUGGUGGUUUCUUUCGAAGUGUGCGAGGAAGAUGGUAUUUGGUUGGAAUUAUUUCAUUCACUGCUGCGAAGAAACAGAACGAGAAUCUGUGCAGCUCCACCGAUUAUACGGCUUUUGUGAAUGUUGCCAAGUAUGAAGCUUGGAUUAGGAAGAGAUCAGAUUCGAAUUUCGGAUCUUUGUGCCCCGAUGGAAAUCCAAUAUCGAAAAUCAAAGCAAAAAAGCAGUACUUCGUUCAUAACAACAAAGAGGUUACAUUUUUGGAGGCAUGGAGACUCUGUCAGGCUGUAGGGCAUCAACUGGCUACGAUCACAUCCGAGGAGGACAGCGCUUUGAUAGAACAAGCGAUAGCGAAAUCUAGCAACAAAAAAGGUCCCUGGUACAUAGCUGGAACUGAUUUGGGCAAUGAGGGACAGUUCGUUUGGAUUUCCACUAACAAACCAGUUGGCUACCUAACCGGAUACUUUAAUUACUCCCCUGGUCAGCCGGACAAUGCUGGUGGUAACGAAAACUGUCUCGAAAUCGGUCGUUGGGGAGGAGUGGUGUGGAAUGAUGUCCCGUGCGAUUGGAAACAACGCUACAUUUGUGAAUAUGUUGGUUGGAAUUUUUAGAUUCCAAAAAGUUUAGAAGCCAAUCAAAUUUUAUUCUACUGCACAUAUCGUUCACAAAUAAACUUUAGUUUUUUUGAACACACAG